ACCAACUCUACCAGUUGCUGAGACAAUUGAUAUAACAACAAAGAACUUGAAAUGCGGCGAGCACAAGAAUCUCUUUUGGGGGCAAAUGAUGCAGCCCCAGCAGAUGAAGCAGCUGAAGGCGAGGAAGAAGCAGCAGCUCCAGCUGCAGAAGAUGAGGGAGAAGCUGAACCCACAGGAGAGGAACCUCCAGCAGCUGGUGAUGAAGGAGGUGAUGAACAGCAAGAAGAGGAGGGACAGAAAGAAGAUGAGGGAAAGACAGAGGAUGCUGCAAAAGAGAAGGAUAAGAAAAAGGAAACCAAAAAACUCUUUGAUAGUAAAGGCAGUUUGCUGGAAACUGAGUCAUUUGUGCGGGAAAAAUUGGAAGAGUUCAAACAGAAACGGGCAGCAGUAGCAGUGCUGAUCGGUGAUUUGCAAGGGAAAGUUAAAGAGUACAAAGAGAAAGAAAAUCCCACUGAUGAUGAUAUUGCAAAUCUGAAAAAGUACCAUGCAGCUUUUCUUGAGAAACUUGGCGAGUACGAAGACAUGACUAGGAGCCUGGAGAGGCUGAUGGGGAUGGCAGAUGUGCCAACUUCACAACUUGACAUGACUAUGUCGGGACCUCCAUUCUCAAAGCCAGCAAAAACCGUAUUGGUCUGCAAAAUAAGGAAGGUUGAAAGUGAAACGUAUGAACCUUUCUGGGCCCAGGUCAGACUCCUGGGGUACUCCUCUAGUGAUGGGAUGUUUGGUAGAUUUUACUGUAAAUCUUGCUCCGUUCCCAGAUUCCUUCAAUUCUACCAGCUGUUCACUAUCCUCCAGAUAAGUUCUGAACCAAUGACAUACUGUUCCCUAGAAACCAAGAUGUCCAAGUUCAUCAAAAAUAAGCUUGAGACUCCUGCUCCCGAGAAGCAGCCUGAACUGUCUGUACUGGACACUGAUUUGGAGGACAAGUUGCCGAAGCUAAUCAUGUGUGGGACAGAUAUGGGUGACAAUGUCCCAAGGAUUAUAGUUUGUGAGCCGUUGAAGAGAGCCGACUUGGAGCCUUUUUCUAAGUCAUCAGGAGGAGUUGGUAGUGUUGGUGAAGGUGCAGGUGUUAUCCAGAAGUUAAACAAAUGUCUUGAAACUCAGCAAGAACUAGCUGCUGAAAAUGCAGAAAUGGCUAAAAUGAGACACCAACUCCAACAAGAACUUCUGGACAAGCAAGAUAUGCUUGACUGCAUGAAACAGAAAAUGAUGACUAUGGAGUGCGAGAAGUACAGAAUCCAAUCUGAGAACUGUGAAUUACAAAAGCGAUUGAUAAUGUCACAGAAGCCCGGAGACCCACCGAUGUGCAAACGUGAGCUCUACAUGAAGUUGAGAGGAACAUCGCCUGAUGCGUGCCCCAUGGGGGGUAACAAGGACCUGGAACAAGAAUUGGAAAAGAUGGGUGGUGAUGUCAAGAAUAUAUAUUCCGAGCUAGAAUGUAUGCAGAAAGAAAAACUGGCUCUGGGGUAUUCUACAUCAGUAAAGAAAAGGGAUGAAAAUUUGAGUAAGGCAGAUGAAGAAGCUAAGAAGAUUGGAUUUGAUGGAGAGGGCAUGCAGAAAAUACCCUCAACUUCAGAAGUUGGGCACUUGAGUUACAUGGAGGAAGAAACUAAUGCAUGUUGUGGUGACACAAAUAACAUGUACCCUGAAGGAGUAUGUAUGAUGGAGAGGUUCAACUUUGGAGGUUCAGGUUCCCCUAGGAAGCCAGUCUGUAAGCGUAUGUUGCCACAAAAAUCAACCCAAACGGAUGCGGACAAGGAAAAGGACAUUCUGUUUGCUACAGACAAGGAUCCCAAGAUGAAAGACCUGAGAGAGCAAUACCAAAGGCUCCAUAGUGACUUUAAAAACAAAGUAACUGAGGUCGCAUCUGUCCGAGUUGAUCUGGAGAAAAUCAAAAAGGAGCUGGACGCCAUAACAAUACUACAUCAUGAACUGGAAGCAAUACACCAGAAGACAUUGGAUGAGAAUACAGCCUUAAUGGCAGAGAAAAAUCAGAUGCAAGAAUUGAAAGAUAAAAUGAAUGACUUGGAGCAGCAAGCUAAUGUAGCUAAGCAGAUGUACAAGACAGGUCAAGAAGAGAUGGAAGAGAUGAGGUUACUUAUAGAAGAACAGGCUACACAACUAGAUGAUUAUAGGAACAAGUACAUGAAAACACUGCAAAUUGCAGAAGAAUUGAAGAAGGAAAAUGAAUUCAAAGAAAGAGAAUGUGCUGACCAAAUUGCUGUUGAAAUCCAAAAAGUAAAGCUUGAAAUGCAAGAACAAUUAGAAGAACUGAGCCCAAUCAAAGAUUUAUUGAGGAUCACUCAACAGAAGCUCAAGGAGACAGAGCAGAUGCAUAAUAUUGCCUUGGAAACCAUUGCAGAUAUAACUAAAAAGCUGGAGAAUGCCAACAACGAAGUUGAUACACUUAGAAAGAAAGUGGAUUCUGCCAAAACAGAUGGUGACCUAAAUAUUAACUUGAUGAACAGUUUAGAAAAUGCUGAUAAGAAACUGAAUGCCAUGGAGAAUGAAAAUGCACACUUGAAGGGAAUGGUGGGUCAGCUGGAGGGACUGCAGGUCAACCAGGCUCAAAAACUGGAAGAAAAAUCUCAUGAGUUGCUGCAGAUGACCCAGCAGCUGGAAACCCUUAGAGAAGAAUCAGCACGGCAGGUAGCCAGAGUGAAGGAGCGCAGUGAAAUGAUUCGUAAGUGUCUGCAGGCCCAGAUAGGUGAGAUGGAGAGAGAGGUGGCUACAUGUCGUGCCGCAACUGCAUUCGCCAACCGCGAGCGGGAUGAGAUACGGUCUAAACUUCAAAUGGAGGUCUGUUUACUCUCAGAAAACUUCAGAGACUCACAAAAUCGCAUAGUUCAACUUCAACAACAUGUAAAUUACCUGAGUGCUUCCCACCCAACAGCUUUAAUCGACCUAAUUAAGUGAGCCAUCCUGUAACUUACAUUAUUCGAAUUUUUUAUUUGUUUAAUAGUAUAUUGUGCACUUUGUACUGAAUUUAAUUAUAGUGUGGAAACAGUGAAAAAUUGAGACCAACCAUGCGAUGUACCUAUAUUAAAAGUAAAAUAUUUUUUAUAUGAU